AUGGAGAACGAGAAAGGAGAGAUCGUGGAUCUCUACGUCCCCCGCAAAUGCAGCGCAACCAACCGCAUCAUCAAAGCCAAGGACCACGCUAGCGUUCAGAUCAGCGUCGGCAAGGUGGAUGAGAACGGCCGCUACACCGGCGAGAAUCAAGUUUAUGCACUGUGCGGAUUCGUUCGAUCACGGGCCGAGAGCGACGACAGCUUGAAUCGUUUGGCGCAGAGAGACGGGUUCUUGAAGAGCGUCUGGAGCGGUCAGGCUUCGAGAUAA